GCAACGAAUGGAGGCGGACGGGUGGGAGAGGCAUCACCAAGGAAUUGUUUCUCUAUCUAAAUAGCUUUCUCUCGGAUACAACGAGGAAUUUAACCCGAAAACACCACACUUUUUUUUUCUUUUUUUGAGAAAGUCGCAUCGUUUCCACCUAUUUUUCGAUUGCCUGUCAUUUAAAAAAAAAGGGCGUGUGUGCGGAGUGAAGGCAGUUUUUUUGUAACCAUUGAAUGCAGGUAUAUAUAUGGUGUUUUAGGUAUAUAUCUAUUUUUUAAACAGUAUCUGGGUCUUGAAGGACACAGAGUCGAGGAUGGGAUGCACACUGAGCACAGAGGACAAGGCGGCGGUGGAGCGCAGUAAAAUGAUCGACAGGAAUCUGCGGGACGACGGGGAGAAAGCAGCCAGGGAGGUCAAGCUGCUGCUGCUCGGUGCUGGUGAAUCAGGGAAAAGUACAAUUGUCAAGCAGAUGAAAAUCAUCCACGAGGCAGGUUACUCAGAAGAGGAAUGUAAGCAGUACAAAGCCGUGGUCUACAGCAACACCAUCCAGUCCAUCAUUGCCAUUAUCAGAGCCAUGGGGCGCCUCAAGAUUGACUUUGGCGAUGCCGCAAGAGCUGAUGAUGCACGGCAGCUGUUUGUGCUGGCGGGCUCAGCAGAGGAAGGAUUCAUGACAGCAGAGCUGGCAGGUGUCAUUAAGCGACUGUGGAAGGACGGAGGUGUUCAAGCCUGCUUCAGCCGCUCCCGCGAAUAUCAGCUCAACGACUCGGCAGCAUAUUACUUGAACGAUUUGGACAGGAUAUCCCAGGCUACUUACAUCCCAACUCAGCAGGAUGUCCUGAGGACCCGAGUCAAAACCACAGGCAUCGUGGAGACGCACUUCACAUUCAAGGACCUGCACUUCAAAAUGUUUGAUGUCGGCGGUCAGCGGUCUGAGAGGAAGAAGUGGAUCCAUUGCUUUGAAGGCGUGACCGCAAUCAUCUUCUGCGUGGCCCUCAGUGACUAUGACCUGGUGCUGGCCGAGGACGAGGAGAUGAACCGAAUGCAUGAGAGUAUGAAGCUGUUCGACAGCAUCUGCAACAACAAGUGGUUCACAGACACCUCCAUCAUCCUCUUCCUCAACAAGAAGGACCUGUUUGAGGAGAAGAUCAAGAAGAGUCCUCUAACCAUCUGCUACCCAGAGUACGCAGGUUCCAACACGUAUGAGGAAGCGGCCGCCUACAUCCAGUGUCAGUUUGAGGAUCUGAAUAAGAGGAAGGACACCAAGGAGAUUUACACCCACUUCACCUGCGCCACAGACACCAAGAAUGUGCAGUUCGUCUUCGACGCUGUCACCGAUGUCAUCAUCAAGAACAACCUGAAAGACUGUGGUCUCUUCUGAGGAGACAAUGGCGACAAAGACGACAAACCUUUUUUUCUCGGCAGUGGAGCCAGCUUAUUGUGCAUCUUUGAUGGGGAAGAUGAGAAGAGUCGGGAGGAUCAGUCACGGACCAGUGCUGUACUAUAUGCCACUUUUAACAGCUUUAUUUAUGUUUUUGUUUUGGAACAUUUUGAACUAGCGUUACGAAAUUUGUGUAGGAUGUUAGUCUCAUUGUAAAAGCCUCACCGCAAAUUUCCACACUUUUUUUUAUUUUUUAUUUUUUUUUUAUUUGAAUUCUUUUUGUUUUUUUACUUUCUGAGGAGAAGGAGGAGGUCACAUUUUCGCUGUUCCUUCUGCCGCUUUCUCUGGAAAAGGAAACUUUGCUGUUGGUGGAAAUGCUUCUUUUCCCCCUUCCCUACAACCAAGGGGGAAAAGGGGUACAACUAUGAGUCCAGUUAGUUGGUACUUGUGCCUUCGCAUGCCUUUUACUGCGGUCGUAGUCCCAAUGCUUGUUCUGUUGCCUGCUGAAUUGUUCUAAACAUAAGAGGUAAACUGUUUUCAUAUGUUAGUGUCCCUGCUAUCUUCUAUGUGCACACCACUGAGCUAUCGGGAGGAGGAAGAAGAUUUCUCUCUGGUCUAAAGGUACAUGGGUCUCCAUGGUGACCAACAUGUAGCCUCCACAGUCCCCUAACCCAUCCCCCCUCAUCCCCAACCUGCCAUGACAAUGAAUGGCCUCGCUGGCCGAUCACACAGUACAAUACUGAGAUGUAUAUUGUUACAUUUACCCCACAAAUCUGGGGUUCUGGUUUUUAAACAGUGUAUAAAAUAUCCAUUCUUUCCAACCAUUCGGAAAAUGGUUCGUUGAUGAGCUGAUAAUACGCUCAAGUGUUUUAAAGUACAAAGACCAGAGUUGACACAUUUUACUGUAUAUUUUAAUGUAUUUGGAGGAGAGUUCACAAAGUUUUUGGUGUUGAAAAGAAAAAAACUGAAUCACAGAAAAGAUGGUUGGAAAGGUGAGAAGGAUGUCUGAACUGUUCAGACGCUGUUCUUGGAUCCUAUCUAGCAACAGUUUGAGAGUAGAGGCACUGGUUGAGGAUCCAUGAAGCCUUUCAUUCAGGUGAUGGAAACAAAGAUGGUCAAGAGAGCUUGGUCUAUGAUUGAUGAUCAGUACUACUUUGCCAAGACAAGCGACAAACAUGGUCCUGGAUCUGUUCAUAUAAAGAAACUGCCACAACUGUCUAUGUAUGUGUAUGUUCUCCACGGACGGAGAAUCUUUGUAGACUCAUCUCCCUUAUUUUGCUAAUAAAAACCAUUUACAAACCA